AUGUUUGAUAAACAGCAACCACCUUCCUACAAUGGAGAAGUAAACUAUAUUCAAGAAAGAAAGCAAUCAAUUCCUCAACAAGAGCCAGUGUAUUUCCAACACGCACCUAAAGGCUGGACAAUUGUGAUAAAUAAUAGGUUUUGGACUGGUGGGUAUUGGAUAUUUGUAAGUGAAGAUGCUUGUGAAAAAUAUGAUGCUUUUAAGAAAAAGAAAAAUGAUGCUAAUGUUAUGGACUUACAAAGACAAGGUAUUGGAAUUCCAUUAUUAAAAAUUGUAUUACCCUUAAAUCCAAUGAGUUCUAAAUUUAUGACAAUUGAAAGAUUUUUACCAAGUUCACAAGGUGCUUUUGAUGCUGAUGUAAAUAACUAUGAUUAUUGUGUUGUCAAAAAAUAUUCUCACAUGGGUUAUAAUACUUAUAUAUUUGAAUUUACACCAGAUCCUAAAGCUCCACAAUUGAAUUUUCAAGUUUUCAUGUUUUCACACUCAACAUUACCAAUAAGUGAUUAUAUAUUUAGAGGUGAAAGAUAUAGAUGGAUAGAUGAGAGUUAUGCUGAUAGAUUCAAUACUUUAUAUCAAGUAAUAUUUGGCUUCAAACAUACAAUGUUAACCCCUGAUCAACCUUCACUAUGCGAUAGUUGGGAUGGAAAACAUAAUAAAUUGGAUAACAAAAAAUCAAAUCCGUACUUAUCAUCAUAUUUUAAAACGAAAUUAAAUUCUAGAUCAAGAUUUCCAAAACCAGAAUACUAUGGUCACUCAUGUUCCGCAAUCUUGGGAGAAGCUGAUUCUUAUUCUAGUCGAGGUUAUGCAGAAUUAAAAACGGCAGAUACUUAUAGUGGUGAUUCUAAUAAAAAUUAUGAAAGUACUUUAUCUGUUAACGAAGAUGCUUUAGUUUUAACUUGUAUUGCUACUGUUUUAAAAAGAGAAAAAGAUAUUGAGCAAGAAAAGAGAAGACAGCAGCAGAGAAGAUUACGAUCUGGUGCUAAUAAUAAUUUUUUGAUUUCUAUGGGUGUAUGA